UACCUAAAUUACACGAUGAAAUUAACCCCUCCUAUGAUUGAAGGUGUUGGCGAUCGAGAAAAUUAUGGCGCCAUUGAAGAGUAUGGAGAAAGAGUAUCCUCUCAUUGAUUCUCACUUUCAAAGCUUUUGUGCUUCUCACGCCAUUUUCUCCCUUGAAGAUUUCCUCCUCUACGAUCUCCAUUCAUUAAUCGCUUCCGCAGAUAAUCACUCCUCAUCAAUCACCUUCAAGCAGGUUUAUCUUCUUUUCAAUGCUGGAAUUUUAGUGAGAAGUGAGAUGUAUUGGUUAAGGAUAGAUGCUUUGCUUGGAGGAGGCUUACGUGCAGGACAAUUAACUGAACUUGUUGGUCCAUCCUCUUCUGGUAAGACACAGGCUUGCCUAACAUCUGCUUCAACAGUUGCAAAGAAUGGUGGUUCAGUUAUAUACUUUGAUACAGGCAACUCCUUUUCACCUCAGCAUAUUGCACAUUUGGUUGGUCAGACCUCUGGUUAUGUCAUUGGCAAUCAGGCUGAACCAGGACCUCUGCAGAAAGUAAUGGAGAGGAUAAUAUGCUACUCAGUGUUUGACAUCUAUCAAAUGUUUGAUGUGUUGCAGCAACUGAAGAUAAAUUUGAAAUCUAAGAUUGUUGAACCAGAUCGUCGCGUUCAAUUGCUUAUUGUUGAUUCAAUCUCUUCACUGAUCACCCCCAUCCUUGGGGGCAGUGGUCCUCAAGGACAUGCUUUGAUGAUAUCUGCUGGGUAUUUACUGAAGAAGUUAGCAGAUGAGCAUAAUAUUGCAGUACUGGUAACAAAUCAUAUGGUGGCUGGAGAAGGCGGUACGUCCAAACCAGCACUUGGAGAGAGUUGGAAGAGUGUUCCACAUAUACGGCUCUUGCUUUCUCGUGAAUAUGGUAGCAAUGUUUGCAACGUAUCAACACUGAAACAUCCAUCUGUGGUAUGUUUGAGGCAUGCAUUAUGGUUUGUAUUUGGAAAAAAAAAAGGUUUAAAACUUUCCUUUUAUUGCUAAUGCUUCUUUAGGUUACUAGUUAAGAGAACCUUUUUAUUAAUAGUUACCCCAUUCCAUAUUCAUUGGGACUGCAAUGGGUUUAAUUCUUCUUUUCCUUCUCACUAAUAUUGUAGGAGUUUGUUUAUUAUUAUUUUAUGGAGUUAUGUUUCAGGCUUCUGACAGGGCUGCUAAGUGUGUACUAUGUAUUUGUGACUGCUAAUACAUCUUAUUCAAGAUUAGAACUCCUUACUUCGCUGUAUCU